AUGCUGCAACUAGCUAUAGCUAAACCAAAUGAAAUGAUCGUGGAUCUCAUAUGUGAAGCAAGUGAAGAUGGAAUUAGUGAUCUAGUUGAUACGAAUGAUAUAGAGGGAAACACUGUCCUGCAUUACGCUGCCAAGUUAGCACCCUCUGAUCAUCUUAAUACGAUCUUUGGAGCAUAUCUUCAGAUGCAACGAGAACUGCAUUUGAUCUCUGGGGUUGAAAAUAUGAUGCUUGAGAAAAAUAAGCUCAAGAGAAAUGCGGAAGGGGAUACAGCUCGCCAUAUAUUUAUGGAGGAACACAAAGAGUUAAUGGAAAAAGGAGAAAAACUGUUGAAGGAUACAUCUGGAUCGUGCAUGGUAGUAGCAGCCCUUAUUGCUACAGUAGCAUUUGCCGCUGCUUUUACUGCACCUGGUGGUAACGUCAGUGAUAGUAACAGCACAAAGAAUGGCACCCCAGUUUUCUAUCAUAAGACUUCAUUUACACUUUUUGCGGUAGUAGAUGCCACAGCGUUAUUCUCUUCUGUCACAUCAGUACUCAUGUUUUUGGCCACAUAUACUUCCCGGUACGCGGAAGUUGAUUUCUUGAAGUCCUUGCCACGAAAGUUGAUAGUGGGACUUGUAACUCUCUUCAUAUCUAUGGCGACCAUAUUGGUUGCAUUUGGUGCGUCAUUGUAUAUUGUGCUUGGAGAAAGGUUCUCAUGGGCUGCGAUUCCUAUAGCGUUGUUCAGUUGUGUUCCUUUGACAUUAUUUGCAUCAUUGCAGUUACCACUGUUUUUUGAAAUGGUUCGUUCCACGUACUGGAGUAGCCCGCUUCAAAAACAUAGAUAUAUCCCCAGCCAACAGUUCAAUACAAAGAAAGAUAGCUGA